AAAAUGUCAUUUGCAUAUGUCAAAGUCCAUAAACAAAGUCCACCGAUAAAAAUAAAAAUUAUAAAAAAUCCCAAAAAAAUAAUUAAAUUCAGUGUUUUACAAAUGUGUUCAUGAAUAUUAAUUAACUUUAUUAGCAUAGCACCUUUGACCUGGUAUAAUAAAAGUGCAUAUUUGCAAUAAUAUUUUUUCCAGAGUAUUUUGCGUGUUUGUCAUAAAAACCGACGUUAUCUCAUCACUUAUUUUACUUUUUUGAGCCUCUAUUAAAGAAUGGCCGCUGUCAUUCCAGCUGUGUCUAAGCUCACUUCGAGGAUUAUAAGGAUUUUAGGUUGCAACCCUGGUCCUAUGACUCUGCAGGGCACCAACACUUAUUUGUUGGGGACUGGGCAAAAUCGGAUACUCUUAGAUACGGGUGACAAAGACGUGAAAGAGUACCAGAGCCAAUUAGCAGAGCUUGUGCAGGCCGAACAAGUGAACAUCGAGCAUAUAGUCGUGACUCACUGGCAUCAUGAUCAUAUCGGUGGAGUGGAGAACUUGUAUGGCACUAUAGCUAAGCAACCAAAAGUAUGGAAGUACAGAAGAAGUCCUGACGAUGACCAGGAUGAACUUUCACAAAUAUAUCCCAUUCGCUGGUUGACUGAUGGGCAAGAGUUGAAGGUGGAAGGUGCUACAGUGAGGGUCCACCACACCCCGGGCCAUACUACGGACCAUGUAGUCUUAACACUGUUGGAAGAAAAUAUCCUGUUUAGUGGAGACUGUAUACUGGGAGAAGGAACGGCUGUGUUUGAAGAUUUGUAUAAUUAUAUGAAGAGUUUGAAUAGAAUAUUAGAAUUGAAGCCUUCUGUUAUCUAUCCAGGACAUGGAAAUAUUAUUGAGGACCCAAUGAAAAAAAUAGAAUACUACAUUGCUCAUAGAAACCAGCGAGAAGCCCAAAUAUUAGAAACAUUAAAAAAGAACAAAGAAAAACAACUAAACGAAAUGGACUUAGUUAAAUUAAUUUAUACUGAAACCCCUGAAAAUUUGUGGCCUGCAGCUGCUUAUAAUGUCAACCAUCAUCUGACUAAAUUAACUAAAGAAAAUAAACUGUAUUGUACCACUACAGAUGGGGAAACUAGAUGGCAAUAUGCUGGCAAUGUAGAAAGCAAUUUAUAGAAAUUUAAAAAGUCCCAUUUAAAAAUAACAUUAGGAAUUCAAACAAACCUUUUUGCAACUAAUUUUGAACUUUAUUUACUUGUAAAAAGAGUCAAAAUUGAAUAAACUGAUUGUAAGUGGUUUGUUGCUAUUAGUAAUGUUUUUUUCAAAUGGUAAAAGUAUUAUUAAUUGUUAUUCUGGUAAAAGGUGUUUUUUUUAUAAUUUAGAACUGGUGCCAUGAAACCUAAUGAAACGAUAUUAUGUAUUACAAUGUUGUUAUUGAAA